GCAGAGGAGGUUACUUUGGGAAGCAGUACAGCUUGCUCAUCCGAUCCCUGUAGUUCAGAGAGAGUGUGUCAUGUUACAGAGAAGCCAGGAUCAGCCACAGUGCAACUCCAAAGCAGUUGAGAAUUACCUCUCUCUAAUGGGGACUUUCAUGUGCAAUCUCUUAACCACUCUGCUAAGGAAUUGAAACUGACAAACCUAGAGGGAGAGGAAAAGAACAGCAAAGACUGAAAGACAUAAACUGAUCUGAUUAUUUUCCCCAAAACUUCUGGAGUUGGAUCCUUUCUUUUUUUUAAUAACUUUUUUAUCCAUAUAAUUUUGUUAUUGUUGUUGUUAUAAUUACCAUUAUUCAGUGGCAUUGGGAUUCCCUUGGACGCUGCUCUUCCAUGAAUUCUGGAUUGUCCUUCCUGGAGUGGGAUUGAAACUUUAUUUAUUCUAUUUAUUUAUUUAUUGUUUCUCAGGACAGGGAGAGAAUGUUGGAGGAGAAAGGCUGGAAAGGUGCUAGCACUGGUGCCUUUGACAGGGGGUGUAUUGCUCCCCCCCGGACAGGGGAUGGAGAGAGAUGCUGCAGGUUUCCUCUGCUACUGGUCUCUGGGCUUCCUGGGGUGUCUUUGAUUUCUCUGGUGCUGAGCCUCCUGCUAUACUUUAGGACAUCAGACCUGCAAUCCAGGGUUUCACAUUUGGAAGCAGACAGAUGCACUCAACUCCCUGCCUGGCUCUCUGCAGACCAAAUGGAGACAGCUAUUUUGGGAAGAGUUGACCAACUGUUUGAUGAGAAAUUAAAGUUCAACUUGCCAAGACAUCGAGAAGUUCGAGACACGCACCAAAGAUGCAACUGCCCAGCAGGGCCUCCUGGCCCUACAGGAAGACCAGGACUUCCGGGAGACAAAGGCGCCUUGGGAAUCCCUGGAAGACCGGGACUAAAGGGGCAACCCGGAGAGAAGGGAGCCCCAGGAGAAGCAGGCAUGUCCAUCAUCGGUCCCCGAGGCCCUCCUGGACAGCCUGGAACGAGAGGUUUUCCUGGAUUUCCGGGCCCAAUUGGUUUGGACGGGAAACCAGGCCAUCCAGGACAGAAGGGGGAGAUGGGUGUUGCUGGUCCCAAGGGACAACCGGGACCUCCAGGACAAAAAGGAGAGAAGGGCCAGUGUGGUGAUUACCCACACAGGCUGUUGCCUCUCCUCAAUUCAGUGCGGCUGGCUCCACCCCCGGUCAUAAAGAGACGCACUUUCCAGGGUGAACAAGGACAGGCGGGGAUCCAAGGGCCACCAGGGCCACCUGGUCCACCAGGGCCAACUGGACCAUCUGGACCAGCAGGAAAUCCAGGACAACCUGGCCCAAUUGGGCCACCUGGCACAGCAGGGGAGCCUGGAAAGGCAGGCAAGGAUGGAAAGGGUUUACCUGGACCCCCUGGACCAAAGGGGGACCCUGGAAUUCAAGGAUACCCUGGGAGGAAGGGUGAGGUGGGUGAGGCAGGUGAGGCUGGCCUACCAGGAGUACCUGGCCUUCCUGGAUCUAUUGGCUCCAAGGGUGAAAAGGGGGACACUGGCAUAAAGGGGGAGAGGGGCAUGCCAGGGCUGCCAGGAAAACAUGGAGCUAAGGGGGUUCCUGGAAUGGCUGCUGCAGGGAUAAAGGGAGAACCUGGCGUUGCAGGGAUGAUGGGCCCCCCAGGUUUGCCAGGGAAAAGGGGACAGAGGGGGGAGAAGGGAAGAGCUGGUGAUCCCGGACUUCCUGGAAUCCUAGGACAGAAGGGAGAGAAGGGAGAUGCUGGCAAUGCACUAGGGGGAGGUAAAGGAGAACUCGGGCCCCCGGGACUACCUGGGCCUCCAGGACCAAAGGGGGAAGCUGGUGACAUUGGCCAGAGCGGCAAUGCAGGACCGCCCGGGGAAAAGGGAGAACCUGGAGCACCCGGAGAACAAGGGCCUGUUGGUCCCAGAGGUCCCAAAGGUGAGCCAGGAAAGAAUGAACUGGUGGAUUAUGACGGUAACCUCAAUGAAGCUCUGCGGGGGCCUCCUGGACUCCCAGGAGUAGCUGGGCCUCCAGGGCCACCGGGACAGAAGGGUGAAAUUGGUUUGCCGGGUCCUCCUGGACUUGAUGGAGAGAAGGGGCCACGAGGUAAAUCAGGAGAGAUGGGGCCUCCUGGUCCCCAAGGGCCUCCAGGAAAGGAAGGACCUGCAGGAGUGAAGGGAGAGACUGGACUUACUGGGACCCCAGGAGCAAAGGGGGGAAAGGGAGAGACAGGAGAAGCUGGCUCUCCGGGUCUUGAUGGCCCAACUGGGGAGAAAGGAGAAAGAGGUGACCAAGGGCUACCAGGACCUUCAGGAUUACCGGGUCCAAUUGGACUUCCAGGAUUUACAGGAGAGAAAGGAGAACCUGGAGAAGUUGGGGGAAAAGGAGACCGAGGGGACUCAGUAUCUGGGCCACCUGGACCCCAAGGCCCGCCAGGUGCUGCAGGUCUUCAAGGCCUUCCAGGACCGAAGGGGGAAGCGGGGCUUGAUGGAAUGAAAGGAGAGAAAGGUGUCCAGGGUGAGAAAGGAGACCGAGGUCCACUGGGAUUGCCCGGUGCUUCAGGUUUAGACGGCAGGCCUGGACCACCGGGUACUCCAGGACCAAUUGGAGUUCCAGGACCAGCAGGACCAAAAGGGGAAAGGGGCAGUAAAGGAGAUCCUGGAACUUCAGGACCAAUGGGGACAGCAGGGCUUCCUGGUUUACAAGGCCCACCUGGUGACAAAGGAAACCGGGGGGAGAGGGGCAAGAAAGGCUCUAGAGGGCCUAAAGGGGAUAAGGGAGACCAAGGAGCGCCUGGAUUAGAUGCACCCUGUCCAUUGGGGGAAGAUGGCUUACCAGUUCAAGGCUGCUGGAAUAAGGGUCAAACUCCUUGGUUGAUAGCCAAAAAGUGAGACAAGCUUGGGGGAUGACUGCAACAAUGAAAGGAGAAGAAUAUCCUGUCUGAAGAUUUGCAGAAGAUGUUUGCAAAUUAGCGUCCAGGAGUUUGAAGGAAUGCUUCAGUCACGCACACCAGAAUAUUAUCCUUGACCAACAUGCGUGGUGUGGCUACUGGAGAUGGGCAUGCCAACAGUUUUUUGCUUUGCUGUUAUUGUUGGGUUUUUUGUCCUCUCCUUCAAGAGACCAACAACAGAACUAGAAAAAAAACCCACCAUUUUUCUUUUCUUUUUGUCAUUUUACCAAAUUCUAUUUUCGUCAUCAGACUCUUCGCAUGAAGAAAUAGUGCUUGUUUUCCAAAACCAAUAUGUAAAGUAAGUGUAAAGUAUAUGUAGAAAAUAAUUCUAUGAGACUCUUUCAGUACAAGGACAUUUUCUCUCUUGAACAACCAUCUCUUUAAAAAAAAAUCUUGUAUAUUCAUUUUGGAGAGCAGCUCCAAGAGGACAUCUUAAAAGCAUUGCUACCUUUCCUGCUUAUAAGAUGAUAAACUUCCAUCUAUUACCUUUGAUGAUUCCAUCUUUAAUCCUUUCAUAGCCUUUAUUCUCCCCACAAGCUAUACAUUAAUGAACCUUCUGCUCACACACAAACAAAAGUUAUAUCAAAUUUGUACAGUCACAUUAUAUCCUGGCAUAAUGGAGAAAAAUUCUGAUAUUUGAUGAAAGUCUGUUUUCAUUAAGCACAUGCUUUGGACACUGGAGUUCUAUUCACUUUCAGUCUUUCAUUUUGCAAAUUGUAUUAAUUGGCACUACACAGAACAACAAAAUCGUAUUUAUUAUGUCUUUAGAUUUCCAGAAAUGUUUCUGAUGUCCUGAUUUAGUGCUUAUGAACACUCUUCUAUGGGUACUUUUCAACAGUAUUCUAAGAUUGAAAGAAAGGAUUACAGUGCAAUUUCUAACCAUUACCAGAUCUUAAGGGAGUUUACUAUAUUUAUUUAAGGGAAGAAAAGUAUAAGUAAGAAGUUAAAUAUCACAGAGUACAUUUCCCCCUUCAUCUGAAAGUCCCAGUGUAAAACAGCAAAACCUCAGAUGCCUCAUAAAGGGUACUAACAAACAUGGCAUCUCUUGUUUUAUUUCUAUUAUUCAGAGUGAAAGAAACUCUAAUCAUAUAUAUAUACUUUUAUAGAGUAUCUCUGCUAUAGUGUACUUGCAAUAAAACAACACAGCUACAAUUUAUAAAAUAAGUACAAAUAUUGAGUGCACUAAUGCCCCAAUUCAGUAAAACAUUAGGAAUGAGUAGUCCAAUUAAAGUCAAUGGGAUUACUUGUAUGAGUAAAGUUAAAUAUGCUUAAAUGCUUUGGUGAAUGCAUUAUUCUUUUAAUCUAUAGAAAUCUAGUUGAUUUGGAUAAUGUUCAUGUUGUAGUUCAACUGGGAGGGCUUAUCCAAAGGGAUACAUGUUUUAAUCAGAACAAAACUCAGAAAUAAGAUAUUUUUAUAUGUAUACAUAUCAUACAAUCUCUUCAGCUGGCACUACCGUACCUACUUGGGGGUUUGUUUGGAAUUCUUUUCAGUGAUUUACUAACUACUUUUCAGCAACUUUUCUUAUCUAUCUCAAUGAACAAGCUUGUGAUUGACUGCUAAGAUCUGAAGUUGAGAGAAGAGGUAGACUGUAGUUCACCAGGAAAGUCAAUGAUCCCAUUAGACAGGCUUAGGAACCAUGACUAGUGUUAAAAAGCCCACUUCUGAGUUACAUAACCAAUGAUCUAAUGGCAUUAUUUUUACAAACUAGGCAGUACAGCAUUUUGGAGCUGAGACUCAACUUAUUAAAUGAUCCAGGAUAUUUUGAAAGCAACGUUCCAGUGCUUUUUCAACAAUGGGAAUAUAGAACAGUUAUUUGUAAUUUGAAAGGUAGAAGACAUCACUUUGGUGCUAAUUUUAACUGCUGUAUAUCAGGGUCCCUUCAUAAAGGGAUGUACCAAGUAUGGAAAUAUGAGUACAAGCCCUGUAAUACCGGUAACUAAUGAGAGGUCAAACCUGUCUAAGUUUGACCUUCUAGGAGAAAUGGCAUGGGAUACUGGUAUGCCCACAGGUAAGGCACACUUGUGAUUAUCCAGAUUUGCCUCUGGGCACACCCAAUGCCUUAAAUUCAUCUUGAUGAAGAGCCUUUAUCAGGCAGCAAAAGCUUUAACCAGAAGACAGGUCAAACUGACAAUGAGACCGCACAUCAUCUCUACCAUGUCUCAUCCUUUCAGAGAACAUUUACUUCUAGAAUAUUCAAGGAUGAACUAUCUCCUUUUAAAGAAUAUGUACUGCAAAAUUUCCUUAAGAGUAUAUCAGCCACACAGAUAAUGCAGUAAAUGUAUUAGCAAAGGGGAGAAACAUCUCCAGGUUAAUGAAGGGGUUAAUUUAUUUUGUGUGUAGUUUUUACUUUUCGGGGUGUGACAACCUGACCAGAACUGCAGGCGGUGUGCCUUUUGUUUUUUAAUGAAUUAAGUUAAUAUCACUUUUUUUCUGUUAUUAAUGUAAUACAUUUGCUUUUUUAAAUUUCAUUGUUUUCUUUUAGGAGUACUUUAUGUGGGAUUUUGGUAUAUGAUUAUAAAUACUCCCCACCCCAGAGUUCCUAAGGACAUUUUUGCCCUUUUUUUCUCCCAGUUCAUUAGCAAGCUGGUGCUUUUCACUGACAUGUUAUUUUUCAUUUCAAAUAAAUAUAUCCACACAGGCCACCCAUGGGGACCAGGUACCAGUGACCUCUCAUAGAAAUGGUCUCUCUAAAACACUGUAUUUACAUUUGCAAAAAUAAAAACAAGGAUAUAUUAGGGUCCAGAUGACAAAAAGUGGUCUCCUCUAAUAUCAGGUGGUCUAUUUUAAAGAAAGUGGUCUUGAAAGUUUUGCUGUGUUAUUUUUGCUAAUGAUUUAUGUAAACUGGGAAUCUCUGAAAUGCUGAUUUAAAAAAACAAAUUUUCAGUUAUGACUUGAAAACUGUAUGAUGGUGGUUACUUACUAAAAUAUCCUGUUUUCUCCCUGUCUCCAAUAUAGCAAAGCACUUACAUUCAUGCUUCACUUUAAACAUGUGAGUAGAUUAAAGUCAAGCACAUGGUUAUAUGCUUUGCUGGAUCAGGGACUUUGUCUUUUUUCUAUUUCUUUGUUCUCUGAAUAGUUUUUCUAUAUUGUACCUUCCUGUUUCCUUCUAGUUUUGUCUCAUGGUUUUCUUCCUUUGCUUCUUCCCUUUCAUCUUUCAUACCAUCUUUUCUUGCAACAUUUUUGUUAAUUGUUUUAUUUUGCCCACUCUUAUUACUUUAUCCUUUCUGCUACAUUGUUUUCCAACCUUUACCUCUCUAUAAUCAGAUAUUUUGAUCUGAUAAAAAUAUCAAACCAAAUCAUCAAUAAAGAUGGUACACUUUUUUAUAGCUUUUUUAUUUAGUGUCUAAAAUACUAGAAAAUAAAGACCAGUUUAGUUUUACAGCUAGUUUAGGAUUUUUGUUGUUGUUGUCACAAUUAAAUAAUUGUAUGUAUAAAUUUGGUUCUUUGUGAAAUAUACUUGCUUAGAAUCAUUUAAAAUAUCAUUUGAAAAAUACUGUCACUACAGAACAUUUUAUUUUGUGUCACUUUGUGAUUUCAAGAGGUCAAAUGUUAAUGGUACAUGGCUUGGUGGUGAAACUUCUACAGGUUAUCUUGGGUUUUGUAAUAAUUAUUUUUAUUUUUGCAUGGCUCUGUGUAUAAAUACCAUGUACCUGGACUGGGGCAUGCUGGGGAGGGUGGAAUUCUACUUUGCGUUAAUUCCAUUGUUUUCUCACAGCAAUUGCUUCAGUAAAUCCUCCCCGCCACUCUCCUGCAAGUACCCAUGUAUUCCCUGCUGUUGCACAUAAUGGACAGAGCAAUAACUGAGCAGUACAUCUUUCUCAUGUGAUGAGACUUUCAAAACAAGUACAUUUUUAUUUAAAAGCCAUAACCCUUACUACUACUGCUAGUUUAUCUCUUGCCUACCUAUCUUCCUCCUGCCUUAGCCCCAUCCCAGCCCAUACGUAGGCCAAGGCUUGUGCAAGAGUCUUCACAAGACAGUUUGCCAGGCUUUUAGAACUCUCUCUGGACCAUUUUAUCCCAUACAAAGGUGCUGGAUGGGGAGAGGGUGAGAAUUUCACCCAUUGUGUCUCAGUCACUUUUGUGUCCGUGUGGAGUACAUCCCUGCAUGAAAAUCCUAAGAAAAUUUUGAGCUUAAUGCUUGAGUGUUCUGGCCACACUCCAGCAAAGAACUAAGUACAUGCUUAAAGACAAACUUUCAGCCCCGGAGUGCUCAAAAUUUUACGUGUUAUAUGGGACUUAAUCUUGUAUUACAGACUUACAGAUUCUGUCCGUCAUUCUUCUUAUUUGUGGAGCCAAAUGGGAUUUACACUGAUGUUAUUUCAUUUUGUCUCACCAUCCACUUUUAAUUUUAAUUGCCAUAUUUAGACAAAUCUUUGUCUUAUGCACAAAGAAAUCAUGAAGACAUCUCUGGGCAUGUCUACAGUAGGAAAUUAUUUUGAAGUAACUAAAUUUGAAAUAAUAACUCCCGAAGUAACAAAAUUGAAAUAGCAUGUCCCCUCUAUGGGAAAUCCUCAAAAUUACUCCAAGGCAAGCUCUGUUAUUGUGGACAAGCUACCUCUACUUAGAGCCCCUGGGAGCACUGGGGAGUAAUUACUUUGAAUUACUCUGUGGAAUGGUUAUUUUGAAAUAGCAGCAGUGGAGCAUCCACACUAAUAUUAUUUCAAAAUAACUAUUUUGAAAUAAGUGUUAUUCUCUGAAGAAAGCAGGAAUAAAGAUUUUGAAAUAAACCGCCCUUUAUUUUGAAAUAUUGAGUUUGGUAGUGUGGACGCGCCACUUAUUAUUUCAAAAUAAGGGGGUUAUUUCAAAAUACUUCCUUAAUAUAGACCAGGGCUCUGUGAUGGAGCAUGAGAACCAGUGGCCCAACUCAGCAAAGUUCUCCUUUACUUUAAUAGUGCAGGAUAACCCUAUAGAUUGGCAACUGGUAGAACAGAUUCUGCACAAGAGUGUAAGGAGGGGUAUUUUGACCAUCGAAAAUCGGAAAGAAUCAAAUGAUGUGGAAUCUUUAAUGUCCAAGUAGAGCUGACAAGGCCUUUAAGGGCUCAUCCAUCUGUAAAGACAUACUUUAAUCUUUACAGUCCCAGAAGCAAUUGAAAAAAAUAUCAUAAUUGUAUUUUUCAGUACUAUAAAUUAUAUUCACAUCAUUCGUAUUGCUACAGUUUAUUAUUUCUACAUCUUUUCAGCUCCAAAUUAAUCUAAUUUGGGUAUCCUGCAGUUAAAACUCAGCGAUUGCCUUUUCAACCUACUAAUACCAGUCAAAUAUUAAUUAUGAAAUUAGUCUGUGCGGGAGAACUAUUUGCUGAAGCACUUUGUUGUUAUAUAUCUGAUUUUCUUGACUCUUAUAAGAAGUUUCACCUUUUUUAAAUGGAAUGUACAAUAUUUAAAUGUACCUGUAUUAAAAUGCUUAAUUAUGGAUAUGAUGUGAUGGGGCAUUGUUUCUACACAUUUCUUGUAGACAUCAAUUGAUUUCUAAGACAUUAUAUACUUUUUACAUUGGUAUGCUGAAAUUUUCAGCUUGUAUGUUAGAUGUUCAAUAUGAUUACUUGGCAUACACUGGCAUUGUAAGUGCUGUAAUAUACUUUUUAUUAAUAAUCUUUAUUAUAAUUAUGAUUAUUUAGAGAGGAUUUUUACUCCUUUUGAAUUAGUUCAGAUAGCUAGAAAUGUCUAAGCUUUACUACAGGUUCUUUACUUAAAUACUAGCUAGUGGGAGGAGAGCAACAUUUGUUUUUUCUAUCUCUUUUACCACCUUAUUAUGUGCUUUUUUCAGCCAAAUCAAGCCUGUUUUUCUUCUUGAUGAUGUAAGAGCAUUGAUUUGUGUUUUGCUUUUGAUCUCAAUAAUUCAGAGCAUUAUUCAGAAUUAUUAUUAUGUCAGUCAGAACAUUUUAAGAGGGCUUUCUAGUCUAGAACAGAUGACAUUAUGAAGGACUAAACACUGAACUAUAUCUCUAAGAGUUUGCAAUGGCCAUGGAAUUUGAAAAAUUGUAUUUUUUUUAAAUCUUCCAGUAUAUUUUAGUGUUGAUAUGUCCAAUAAGGCUUUGUUUUGCUUUUUAAAUAAAUAGAUACAUUUCUUACUUAUUUGGAUUUAACAAAUUCAGUAACCUAGAGGAAAAGAACCUCAAGUCACAGUUCAGUGCCCUAUCUAAUUGACAAUGUAUUGAAAUAUUAGAGACUAAAGGGUUAAAUAUUCAGCAUGUCAGCAGGUAUAGAGAUUUAGUCAAAGGACUUCCAUCCAAUAAGUGAGAAUAAUACUUACUUCAUUGUAAGAUGCAAUGAGAUCUAUAAAUGAAAAGCACUACAUAAGAGCUAGAUGUUAUCAUUAUAAAUGGCUUUGCCAUUUCACUUAAUUUUAAGAAUAAAGAUGCGAAUUUCCUGGACAAAGGAGAUUUUUUUUAAAAAAAAUGUUGGUGCAAAGUAUUAAAACAGGACUUAUAAUGAAUUGUUGAUCACUUCCUUAAAUAUGAAGCAUGGCCCUGACUUCAUAACCAGAGAAGUCCAAUUAAUUCCCAUGGAUCAUGCUGAAACUUUACUCCACACCAUGAGAGCAGCAGUGCGGAUUUCGUUUUCAAUUAGUGCACUGUAUCUGUGUUCCUGUAUUAUUUGUAUUUGUUACAAUAUGUUGUAAAUACUUUCCUUUUUCCUUUUGUAAAAUAAAUGUUUAUUUAUAUUUUCUCCUGUCAUUUGUAAAUGGCAGAUGAUCUAACUAAUAAAUCA